AUGGAUUUCAUUGAAAGUCCGAAUUUCUCCAUCUCUCGAUCAUUGGUUGAUUUAUGCAUUUCCAUCUACUCUAUUCUAGAUAUCUUUUUUGGAUGGCCUCGAGUCAAUAAUGGUGAUGUAGAUCUCAAGCUGCUUGAGGAACGACUAGGGUUUCUGAUAUUCCAGUCAAAGAAAAAAGUACUAGACUUUUGGAGUAUCUGCGAACAUCUAAAUAAAUUACCUUUUGGAAAGUGUGAGGAAAUUCCAGAAAACAUUCCGUUACCGUAUCGAUUUUUAACACCAAAUCGUGUCUCAGUUGAUCUUCGUCUUCAUGAUCCCGUUCUGCUUGAACGCUGUUUACAUGUGAUUGGAGAUUUGGAGAAUUCAGUGCGAGAAGAUUGGUUCCAAGAUUUUAAAGAAUAUUCUGUCUCACAGUUUAGAGAUGAAAAGAAAUCAGUAUCUGAAGUUAAAAGGUUAGUUUUACUGGAUGGUAUGAAACAGUAUGCAAUACGACUAUUUGAUGCCAUUCGUCAAAGUGAAGCGUUGCAUGAAAUUAGUCCAGGGAUAGCUGAACCAUUAAUUCAAGAAGCGAAAUUCAAGUUAAUUGUGACAGAAGCUAAAGAACUAUUUAUGCAAAAUUGGCUGUCAUACUGUCAGUCGUAUGAACGGAACUUAAAAUUAAACAAUCCUGUUUUAUUUAAUAUUCCUAAAUGGCGUUCAAAACAGUGGUAUUAUGCAAAGGCGGAAUACCUUCAGGAGCAUAAGUUGGACAUUCAUGAAUACGUUUUAUCGAAGUGCAUUUCAAAUGGUUUAGAAUCUUAUGCUUUUUUAAUUGGCCGUGAUUUAACAUUUUUAAAAGAUCGUGAAUGUUUCCUACGCGAUCAAAUAUUUAAAAGCGCUAGAUUUCCAGAUGAAGAGUUCAUUUUUCAAGUUUCACGACGCUGUCUUCGUAAUGUUUAUGUGUAUCGUGAGGACUUUAGCUUACCAAGUCGUUAUCAACUUGUAGAUACAAUAUUGGUCAGCUAUGAUUCUGAUAAAGAUUCUCCUGAUAAACUACCUACAAUUAAGCAACAUAUCAAAAGAAACAAAACUCAGAAUUGUACAACUGAAACAAAUAAAGGUGAUAAUUUCCCGUCUCAUGGUGACUUCUUUACUGAUAACAUUGUAGCAUCAAAUACAGACUUUUCAAAUAUUUUAAAUUCACCUGAUCAUCGUUACCGAGACCCGUUACUCCCACCCAAGAGCAGUACUGACCAUGUGAAUUAUUCGCAAUCAAAUUUUGUCAUGCAAUCUACAUUAGUGUUAAAAGCUUCCACACGUCAUUUUAUGUGGCGUUGGCUUGUUUCUUUCUAUGCACUUAUUCAUGGCUCAUCCGUUCAUUGGAAUACUUUUUACAAAGUUUUGCAGAAUCCAAUUACCGAUUAUAUUGAAAUAAGAAAUAGUAUGGUGUUUGUGAUCAAUUAUUCAAAAAAGACGAUAUCUGGUGAAUUAAUGGGUUGGAAAAUUAUUAAGGAUUCAGUAUAUCAGCUGAUAUGUGAGUACGACUACCAAUCUCAUUUCACUGACUAUGAAUUUCAGGUCAUUAUCCCUUUCCAAUCAUGUGUCAGCUACGUGGUAUUGUUCAAGCCGACGUCAAUCUAUUACAUGUACAAAGUAGAUAAAAAUUCAGGUUAUGUAUAUCAUGACAAAGCAUAUUAUAAUCAUACUUUAAUCAGCUUUCUUCGUCAAAUGUGGACUACACUACGUAAAAAUAGGCAAAAUUUUGACCAUCAAUUGUUAUCAACUGGGAUUUUUCGAUGGUAUAUAAUACGACCAAUUCAUUGGAUCUGGACGUAUAUAAUUUGUGGUGUCUUGACAACCAUGGUUCUAAUAAUAUUUUGGCCUACACUAUGUAUUUUAUGCUCUACCACUUCAAUAGUAGUCGGUGUGCUUUCGAUACCUGUGAUACCAUUACUAUCUUUACUUGCACAUUUACUUGGUUUACUCUUUUGGAAUGCAUACACACCGGUUCUUGGUUCUAAUCGUCUACUACCAUUAUUCGAGAUUAUUAUUUACCAAUUCUUGUUAAAAUCGAUCGUGCAAUUUUUAGUCAGUGUACUGUGUGCAUUUAUAUUAUGCCCUGUAUGGUUCAUACUUCAUCUUUUAUUCACCGUAACCAAAUAUCUACUGUAUACUUUGUGGGAUGCUUUCGUAUUUCACUUCGUGUUCAAACUAGUCACUCGUAUACCAUGUCAAGAGAAUUGUUCUGUGAAACGUUCUAAUGAUCCUCAAACUGUGCGAAGCAUUUGCUUACUGGCUCGACCUGAAGACAUUUUGAUUAUACUUAAUGUGCAAUUAGAAUAUUUGGAACUGAAUUUAUGGAAAAGCCAAAUGGAAUCUAUGGCUAAGAAGCCUAUCACUGUGUACAACGAUUUUUUACAAUCAUUAUCUUCCCUACCUAUAUCUGUGUUAUCGGACAACACUGUCGCCGAUACAUUAAAUACCAAAACUCGAUGUUGGCUCAACCUAAUAGAAAAGAGUUAUAAUAGGCGUGCCAAAGCUCUUGAAGUCCAAUCCAAGUCGAAAUUCUUUCGACGCAUAAAGUUAUCUGAUCGAAAUUUAAAAUUAACUCUUGAUUUAGGCUCAGAGUUAGCUAAAUGUUUCUAUGAAUUGCGGAUUCUGCCUCGUAUACAUUUAUUGGAACGACGUAUUGAUGAUUGGUGGUCGGAAUUUCAGCUUGAUGAAAAUGAUUUCACUGGUCUAUGCAGUUAUUUGCUAAGAAAUGCAUUCGGUGAACAGAUUUUCUGCUGUAUUACAGAAAAGAAUAUUACCAUCCCAUUACAGACUCGUGAUGCUAGUCUUGGUCACCGAUUCCGUGAAUUGAUACUUUCGAAUUUAAGCAAACAAAUUUGUGGUUCUUCAGCGCAUUCAGUACAUGGUAACGAGGUUCAGUCAGUUACUGUAGAAUCUGUUAACCAUUUGGAAGAAGAAUCUUGUGAUCUCAUUGAAUUAGAUAAUGAAGAUGAAUCUCUUUCAUUAGGAACUGUUUCGAGCAAGCAGGACCAUAGUGACAAUAAUAUAAGUAAUUGUAAUAACGUGGUUUCAAGUUCAAAUUUCCCAGUUGAUUCUCAUAAUUCAGUUACCGAAACAUCUUGUGAUCCAAAUAGUGUUUAUGUUUCGCCUAUCGUACACAGCACUGUGCAUUCAGGAGGAUAUGAACCCAAUCUGAUGAAGCCUUCAAUUAUUGAUCCGAUGUCUCUUAUUCACAUUGAUUUACCAAAUUUUCCUCUAUCAGUUUUUGCACCAAGAACAGUUCGAACUCUUCCAUCUCCUCUGAAAUCUUGUUCUAGACAAAACGUCCCAUCUGUUGAGAAAAGUACUCGCAAUCAUAACACAUCAAGUCAGUGUUCUUGUAUCUCAUUAACAAAAACCUAUUUGGAGAGUGAUUUUCAUAAAUAUCUAGCUGAAACAUGGUCUGAUCAAUCGUUUGAUGAACUAAACUCCUUAGAGUCUGAUCCAUUAAUGCAGCACAAAGGAGCAAUGCAGUCUCAUCAUCAUAAGUAUUCAGCGGCUAAACGUCUGUUAUCCAGUUGGACAAUAUUGACUUCAGGUGACAAUGUUACUAAUGUGGACGAUAUUAGUACCAAUACAUGCGAUAAAGAUGAAAACCAGGAAUUACAUGAUAAAAUUCGUUCUUUGUUAAGACUUGGAAAUGAAGAAAAUCAAUGGUGUUAUUGCUGUGACCAUUUGUCUACAAGGAAUUCGGCUACCAUGUCUAAUAUUGACAAGUCUAUUUUUGCAUUUCAGAACGUUAUUCAGCAUAUGGCACGAGUUUAUCAUCCAUGUAUUAUCACACUGCUAAUGCAUUCAAGAGAUCGUGAAAACACUGUACUCGAUGUGAAUCAUCCAUUGAUUCACAAACUGAUCCAUCAAAUCACUAGACCAAAAGCACAAAUGAAUGAUUUAACUGGUUGUUUGGAUUCUUCAUCUCAUAAAUCUGAUGGACAGUACGGUUGUUUACGUAGAAAUGAUGGUUCCAAUAUGAAUAGUAUGUCGUUAGAUACCAUGAAUAAUGCAUCAAAUGAUAUUUUGCCUUAUUUUAAACAACCAAAACACUCUCAACAAUUUCUCAAGUCACCGAUCUCUACUAGUGGACUGAUACAUCAUCCUGAUUCAACUGCUCAUUAUAGAUGGUAUUCUAAUGUAAAUGUUAGUUUUACUAACCCUCAUUUUACUAAUAUCAGUAAUAAUGAUUGUAUUAAUAAUGUUAUGAAUCAGUCGUUGCAUUUUCAGCCAAACUGGUCAAAAAAUCACUCAUCACAUGAAGGAAUCUAUGAUUUUGCACAUUCACAACAAUAUUUUAUUCCUAUGAACGAAAUGGCUAAGAAAAGUAAUAAUAAUUACGACAAUCAGAUCACUGUUAUUAAUGAUAAUAACUUACUAAAUGCUUAUAGCUAUCGAAAUUCAAAAUGCUUUUGGUCUGGUCUUGAGAUUCCAACGAAUAAUCAUGAGGAUAAAGAUUUUUCAGGUGGUACACCAACACCUAGUUUAUAUGGCACUGAAGAUGCAGCUACAACAGAUGAUUUAGACGAGACUGAAGAUAUCCUAUCCAUGUCAAGCAGUGUACAUCAUUCUGAAUUAGUUGAUAAUUUGCUUAAUAUAACUACACAGGAACAAGACAUUAUAAAUGACAUCAGCAAUCCAACUGCUACUCGUCCAUUGCGUUUACCUUUAGCUAUACCAGAAUUAUUAACAAUAUCAGCAACUACGGCUGGUAGUGGAGAUACUCAAAGUCAAUUGGAAAGUGAAAUUAUUGAUGAAUGUUCUUCGUUUGGUUUAACAAGUUCACGGUUGUCGAAUCCUAGACAGUCAUUAUCCUUCACUAUUGAUCCACUGCCAUGUAUUCAGUCAGUGCAAUUAAAAUCUAGUCAACUUGAAUCACAUGAAGUACUAAAAAUCCCAGCUACAGAAUGUGCAUGUAGUCCAGUUGGUAAUUCGAAUAUGUUUUUUGAUUCCAGCCCAGCUGAAACUGUGAUUAUUAAUGGAAUGUUUGGAACUAGUAAAUCCAGCAGUCACCUAUUACUUCAAGAUCAAGACAUACAGUCAAUUGAAGAAAAUAACUCAAAUUUCAGUUCAAAUAUUUAUUACGAUAACAAUGAACAACAUGAUACAAAAGACACCAGUCAGAUUAAAUCGGAUUCAACCGUACUGAAUGAUCAAAUUAAGAUUUUUGAAAUGGAUAAUGUUGAUGAUGAGGAAUGUGUGGAUGAUGAGCAUAACACUUUGAAAACUGUGAUCAAAUUGUUCUGAAUUGACCAGUGAUCUGGGUUUCUCGUUUUCUUACAUACGUUCUCCUUUGAAGUGAUUUUUUAGCAUAUAUUUAUUUAUACACUUUACGUGAAUACAACUUUCAAAGAAAUUAAUAUCCAUAUUCGUAGCCAGGACUAUGCGGCUCGAAAUUAUGAUUGUUUGUGUCAUCAUGAGUAUGUAACAGCUAACUGUUCAUUCCUACUGUUAUUAUUAUCGUUUAUAUAGUUUAUCCAAUUAGCAGUUCAAUUCUUU